AUGGAUAUGCAACUUCUUGAGGUUCAUCCCAAGGAAUUAAAGUUUAUUUCUGAAGUACGGAAACAAAGCUCAUGCUUAAUUCAACUGACAAAUAAUACACUCGACUAUGUUGCUUUUAAGGUUAAAACCACAGACGCUAGGAAAUUAUGUGUACGACCAAAUAAGGGUAUCAUCAAGCCAUUAUCAAAUUGCGAAGUUAAUGUUACUAUGCAAGCACAAAAAAUGGCUCCACCUGAUAUGAAAUGCAAAGACAAGUUCUUAAUCCAGAGCACAAUAGUUCCCAUUGAAACAACUGCUGAGGAUAUAACUUCCACUAACUUGUUUGGGAAAGAUAAUAGCAAGAACAUAGAAGAAAGGAUAUUGACAACAAUCCUUGUUAGCCCAUCUAGUUCCCUAACUGUUGAAGCAUUGAGUGUUGGAGUUUCAAACAAAAGUAGUAGUGAUAAGCAAAUAGAGGAAUUGAAGUUAAAGAUCAAUGAACUUGAUCAAAAACUCCAUGAGGCUGAAAUUGCCAUUUCAAAGCUAGAAGGGAAGAAAAAAGUUCAAAAAACCAAAUCCCAGCAAAAGAAUUGUUUAGUUUCAUGUUCAACUCUUUGAAAGAACCAUCUUAUGUAAGUUUAUGAUUGUGAGGUUAUUGGUCCUUUGAUGUCCAAUUAUAUAGUUUUAUUUCUAGAGUUCUAAAGUUGUUGAAGAUAAAUUUCAAAAUUGGUACAUAAACUUUAUUGGUUCCUUUAAAUUUCUUGAACAUUUGAAUGGUAAAUAUACUAUGCAAUUUCUUGUAGU